GGGCCGGCGCGCGGGGCGCCGCCGGUAGUGUUGUGGACCAGGGAGCAGCCGCAGCGCACCGCACCGCACACAGACCGCCAGCCAUGGCCCAGCGCGCCGCCCUCCGCCGCCUGCUGCUGCUCGCAGCGCUCCUCGCCGGCCCCGCCGCGGCGCAGUUCCGCUGCCCGGAGAAGUCGGGCUACUUCCCCGACCCCGAGCAAUGCGACCUGUACUACAAGUGCACGCAGAGCGAGCCCGAGGAGAAGCUGUGCCCCGACGGCCUCGUCUUCGACGACACCAACCCCAGCCAAGGCCGCUGCGACCUCCCGGCCAACGUCGACUGCGGGGACCGCACCGAGCUCCAGGAGCCGAAGCCCAGCCCCGGCUGCCCGCGCGCCAACGGCGUCUUCAGGCACUCGGACCCGGAGGUGUGCGACAAGUUCGUGAACUGCGUGGACGGCGAGGCCAACGUGCUGCCCUGCCCGCCCGGCCUCAUCUUCGACGACUCGAGCUCCAACUGCGCCUGGACAACCGACAGCCAGCGCCACGACUGCACCAACAGCAAGAAGGAGGUGAUCGGCCCCAAUGGCCGACCCCUGCCGCACCCCACCUUCCCGCACCCCGACGACUGCCAGAAGUUCUACAUUUGCCGCAACGGGCGCGUGCCGCAGCCCGGCAACUGCCCCGCGGACACCGUCUACAACGAGGCCAACUUCCGCUGCGACGAGCCCGAGAACGUGGCCGGAUGGUUAGGAAAUAAGACAUGUACAUAUUUUAAUGACAAUAUGAAUGCAUUUUGCGACCUGGUCUUUGCGCAGAAUAAAUUACAUACAUAUUUAAUAAAAGUAUUUAAUUUUGUAUCAGUAAGAAAUGUGUAUGGAUUUAUCUCACUUAAAUAUGAGAAAUUGACUGAAAUAAAUUAA